AUGAACAAAAGUUGCAGUCUCAUCCGCAAUACUCUGACCUUGGCAAUGAAAAACCGAUGGCUAUCUGAAUUAAUCUAUGCCAGCAGUUCCGGUGCCGCAAAAGGCAUUAAAGGUUAUCGACUGCACUCUCUUCCGUAUAAAAGCUUGGCCAAUUCACGACAAUCGCCAUCAGAUUCUUCCAGGAUUUGCAGCGAUCACUUCAUCAUCAUGCAAUACAUCGCCCUUGUAGUUCUCGCCCUGGCUGUCGUAGAUGCUGGCGUUGUUUAUGAUCGCCAGGCCGGCGAUUUUGCUUACAGCAUCAACAACGUACCUUACGUUCUUCCUUUCGCCCCUUCGCUGCUAAGCCCAAUCCAGAAGGAUAACAAGGACACAGCCGUAGACGCGAAGAAGUUCGAAACCCCAGCUAUUGUCACGCCUCAGCUUUACCCAAUCACCUACGUUUACGGGGGAUACCCUAACGCUUUCGGAUCUGUGGGCUAUCCUUUCGGUGUGUUACCCUUGAACGCAAAAUCUGUUACGGAAAUCAAACCCGUUGUGACUGUUGUCAAAGCUGCAGAAACUACUGGAGAGAAAUCAGCCGAAAAGGCCAAGGCUCCUGCUGUUACCUACGUUGCUUAAUCCCGAAUUUCUUUGAUUAUUACCGACGA